GCUUUUGAUAAAUAAUAUAUUGAAUAUAUUAGUAUAUAGCUUAUGAAAUAACACGUGGAACGAUACCAAUGAGUGAGCAUGCAUGGUUGACAGAUGGCAGCUGACGUGUCGUGGUUUCAAAAUCUUUUAAAACUUAUUCACAAAAAUAUGUGUUUGUGUUUCUGUGAUUCUAUGACUUAAAUUGGGAUCUGUUUUGGGGAAGAAGGUGAUAUCUAGAGAGAGAGAGAGAGAGAGAGAGAGAAAUAAAUAUAAUGCAGUCUGCAAUGGAGAAGCUCAGCAAUAUGGGCAGUGUUGCUAAACAGAAACUUACAAUUUGCAGAGCCAAACUCGACGAGAAGGUCAAGAAAUCGACGGCAAAAACGGCGGAGGAGAAGAGGAUUGUGAAGGAGAGGAGGAAGGCGAGGGAGGCGGAGGCGAAGCGGGAGCUGCACGAGGCGAAAGCCAGGCAUGCAGCUCAAAAGCUAAGCAGUAGGAAGCAUUCCCACGUACAUGGUGGCCAUGCACCACUGCCGGUGGAGGGCGGCGCCGCCACUCAUCUAGCCGGAGCAAAUGUUCCUGCUUAUCCUUUACCCAGCCAGGGCUACCGUCCGGCGGGGCACAAAUUUUAACCUACUUUUUUUAGUUUGUUUUUGGCUGGUUUCAUAUU